AAGACGGACGUUGCGAGACGAAGGAUCUGCUUUAGCAUUUUGUCCUGCAGACAUGGAGGGGUCCAGUGACAGGUUCUUCUGCUGCAAAUGGCUGCGCCACAAAGUUCCGUUGGCCCACAGGGAGGAACUGUACCACAUCCUGAGGAUGACAGGCCCUCUGCUGCUCUCUCGCAUCCUCAAUUACCUGCUCCCCUUUGUGGUCACCAUGUUCUGCGGGCGUCUGGGAAACGAAGUGAUGGCUGGCUACGGAUUAGCUUCUGCUACCAUUAAUGUCACCACUGCAGCUACUGGUUACGGUCUGGCACUGGCAUGCGAUACUUUGGUGUCUCAGACAUUCGGUGGUAAGAACCUGCUGCGGGUGGGAGUGAUCCUACAACGGGGCAUCAUCAUCCUGCUGCUGUUCUGUCUGCCCUGCUGGGGUCUGCUCCUCAAUGCCCAGGCCAUCCUGUUGUGCCUGGGCCAGAACCCCGAGGUGGCCAGAAUAGCCCAGCUGUAUAUCACAGCCUUCCUUCCUGCCGUGCCGGCGAUGUUUCUACAGCAUCUGCAGGUGUCUUACCUGCAAAACCAGGGUAUAAUACUGCCACAAAUGUACUCGGCUGCCGUGGCAAACAUAGCAAAUGUCGUGACAAACUGCAUCUUUCUUUACUGGCUGGAUCUGGGUGUUGGCGGAUCAGCAGCAGCCAAUACUCUGUCUCAGAUUUACAUCUGCACGUUUCUGUUCUCUUACAUUUGGUGGAAGAAGCUCCAUGUAAAAACAUGGGGAGGCUGGUCUGCAGAAUCCCUGCAGGAGUGGGGCUCCUACAUGAAACUGGCUUUUCCCAGUACAUUAAUGAAGUGCUUUGAGUGGUGGGUUUAUGAGCUUGGGGGCUUCUUUGCAGGAAUGCUGAGUGAAGAUGAACUGGCAGCCCAACAUGCUGUGAUAAUGGUGGCUUUCAUAACCUACAUGUUCCCUCUUGGUAUUCAAGCUGCAGCAUGCGCCCGUGUGGGUAAUGCUCUCGGUGCAGGAGACACAGGCAGGGCCAUCCUCACCUGCAAGAUGUCCUUUGCUCUUGCAGGCAUUAUUGCAGUUAUUGAAGGUCUUCUGCUUGGCUCUACUAAAUCAGUUAUUGGCUUUAUCUUUACCCCUGAUGAGAAGAUCACAGGUCUGGUUUCAUACUUGAUGAACGCAUACUGUUUCCUUCAGUUCUUUGAUGCAUUUAUGUGUGUGUGCUCAGGGAUCUUCUUGGGCACGGGCAAACAGAAGAUACCAGCUGUGGGCAAUUUUAUUGGAUUCUACUGCAUAGGACUCCCACUGAGUGUCACUUUAACGUUUGUUACAAAACUGAGAAUUUUAGGAUUUUGGCUGGGACUGCUUGUUGGACUCAUUUUACUUUGCUCCUUUUACAUCACUAUCAUCUCCAGGCUCAACUGGGAGGAAAUAACACAGGAGGCUUUAAAACGAGCACAAAAAAAACCUCCCAUGACAUUGUUAAGCACAGCUGCAAUGUCAGACGCUCAGGGUAACGCCGCUGUUGACCCAAGAGAGAGCCUUGGGAACUCAGUGGAAUACCACACGUCCAUGGGCACAGAGUGCCAUGAUGGGGACUCGGACACACAGUGUGAUCAGGUGGUCCGGCUGAAGGGCGGCCAUCUGUCCACGGGCCAGCUGAUCCUCAGGAGGGGCCUCACCGCGUUCGCAGCAGUUGGACUCCUGGCGGUGGGAGCGGCUGUGCACUUCCUUGUGCCCCGGCAGCAGACCAACUUCACCUUGGACUGGAAUAACACGACACAUACUCAUCAAAUUCUCUCCACUGCACAGGUCCCAAAUUAACCGUCAAAUUAACUCAAAUUUAGACUAGAAAUAAGUCACACUGCCAGCUGCUGUUUAAAUUGAGUACUGCAAAGCAAAGUAAUGCCUAAUAUUUACCAUAUUUUAAGUUGAACCAGAUUGCCGUGUUGAGGACGAUAAACAUAUUUAGUGCAACAUGGUACUUUUUCCCAGGGACUUGCACUGGUAAGUGUGUAGUUGAGGUUUGUUUGUAAGAGCCAGUUGAACGAAAAUCUGUUAAGUUAUGUUUAGAUAAAAAUAAAAAAAAUGUUUUAAAUGACACUACAGUAGAAAAAAGGGCAAGUACAUACGUUUUAAAAUCCUGUGAUCAGUCCAUCCCUUAAAUAAGUUUGAAUUUUUCUAUUAUUCUAUUCUAAACAGGAAAAAUAUUGUUGUUGCUUUAAAAAUUCAAGAUACCCACAAUGUAUAUUUUUAAUGAAUUAAAUACAAAGGUUGUCAAACUGUCUUUAGUUUGACUCAUUAUCAUUGACA